CCUUUGGUUGCAGCCGCCCCCCUUCCCUAUUCCCCUUUGUGGCCGCCACCCCCCCCCCUCUCUCCCUCUCCUUCUCCCCCCAAGUGAUUGCAGCACCCCCCCCCCCAACCCUAGCCGCCCCCCCUCCUCUCCAUGGUGCAUCCUCCCCGCUUGGUACCCCGUCGUGUGGGUGCGAGUCUUCCAUUGGAGUUUGGAGGGAGGAAGAAGGAAGAAUGGAAGGAGGAAAGGAGGAACCCAAGGUGGUGGACUUCCGGAUCGUACUUAGGGAUUUGUCCGAACUUCCGGUAAAUGCAAGUAAAUACAGUGGUGGUUGCUACCGUUUGGUUUGCAUCCUAUUCCCUGUCAUUGAGUAUGCAUAAGUUUUAAAUAUGUUAAUCAUUGAAUUCUUUGAUGAAGUUUAUUUGUUUGGAAGUAUUAAUUCUCAAUUGUCUAAUAUUAUGGAUGAUCAUAAUUGGAUAAUGAUAUAUGUGGUGGAUUCCCAUCUUGGAUGAAGUUGAAGUAUCUUUUUUGAAUCACGUUAUGUGAAGUGUUGUAGGCAUGACAUGCACAUCGCAUCAUCCAUCUUGCAUUUUGAAGUUAUGUCGUGAUCUUAUGGUCCGACCGUACCGGUACAUUUUUAGCAUCGUACGUUGCCCGAGGAGGGGUACGAUGCGGCUUCAUAUCCUUAGAGGUAUGAAGGCAGAAGUCAUCCUUGCAUUUGCAGACAUUUGCAUUCAUGAGGAAUAUAUGAAGUGUGACAUUACUAUGUUACUAUUGUGGUUUCUACCUGCGAGGUGUGGUAACUAGGUGUGUUGUACGUUGUAUACGUGAUGCACCUUGGUAAUAAGAAGGUUGUGGAAUCAGGUGGUGGUAAAACAAUGUUCUUAUGUGGUUGAAUAGUUUGAUAUUAUUUUACUUGCUGAGAUGUGUCAUCUCACUCUUGCAUUACUCAAUGCAGGUACUUGAUACAUGUUGGGAAUGAGGGGAGUAGCAGCACGUCCACUUACACUCUCACAAUAACGCUGCCCAGGCGCAGCCAUGAUUUAAUUAGAAACUUAUUGUCAAAGGAAGUUUGUUUUUUAUAUAGUCGUGCGCACUGGUUAAUUCAGUUCAGGUCGUACGUUUAUAUUUCCUUGCUAGCCGAUUAAUAAUACUUAGUAUGUUUUUGUCAUGAUAUAUGUUUAUACCCUGUUGCCCCCUUAUUUAUGCAAUCUUGCAAAGGGGAUGCUGCCGAAAUUUUAUAUAUGGACGUCAGAAGCGUAGUUCAGUAGCAUUCUGGGUUGUUUGUGGAACCCGGGGUGUUACAACAGGACACACCAGUGAUUCUGUAGAGACAUGUAAGUACUAUAUAAUUGAUUUGGAUUAAAUGGUAUACAAUGGAAUGCAGCUAGAUGGUAUGAAAUGUUAUAUUGUGCAUACGAUGGAAAAUUAUGUAGGACACCAUACAACAUACAUGUUAUGGAUAUAUGUACAUACAGAUAUAUUUUAUUUAUUUGCACAGGAAGUUACAAUUGAUCCGAGGUUGGUACCUAAAGUUGGUAUGACAUUCAGUGGUGUGGAUGAAGCAUAUCAAUUUUAUAGUAGGUAUGCAUAUGAAGUUGGCUUCCCAUUGAAAAAGUAUAGGGAACUGAAAAAUUGUAAGUGGUUGAAUUGCUCGAUGGAAGGAAAGAGUGUAGUAAGGGGAAUAUCAAACCCAAAGGUACGUAAUACCAGCUCGAAGCGGACACAAUGCAAGGCCGGUAUGAAACUUAAAAAAAUUUAUGAUGAUGCCAAAGAGACAGUUAUAUCAGUGCGUAUUGAUUUGUUGCACUUGGAUCAUAAUCAUGAAUUUUUUAAGAAGGAUAUAGAAAAGAAUCAAUUACAAUGCAACAAGACGCAUGAUCCUGAAUACAUGGAGUUCAUAAGUUCAAUGCAGGAGAGUCGAAUCCCGCAACAUUGUAUUAUGGAUUAUGUUUCAGAAAUGCACGGUAGUCCUGAGAGUGUGCCUGUAACAGCACAGGACAUGUAUAACCUGAAAAAGGCAAAGCAACGAGAGAGAAAUGCAAAUGAUGUGACAAAGCUACUAUCUUUUUUUGCAUCAUGCAAAAAGGAUAAUCCACAAUUUUUCUCUGACUUCCAAUUGGAUAAAGAAGGAAAGAUUUUGAGCAUAUUUUGGUCACAUGCAAGCCAGCAAGGGGACUACAUGGAUUUUGGUGAUGCAGUUACAUUUGACACAACACAUAAGACUAAUCUGUAUGAAAAACCACUAGGUAUGUUUGUUGGUUCGAAUCACCACCUCCAUUGCACCAUAUUUGCUUUCGCAUUAUUUGGGGAUGAAACUGUUGAUACAUUUGAAUGGGCAUUCAACGCCUUCAAAACAUGCAUGGGAAUCAAAGGGCCACGAGUGAUGCUGCCAGAUCAAGAUCCUGCAAUGCCAGUAGCACUCGAGAGGGUUUUCCCACACACAAUACAUCGGUUGUGUCUAUGGCAUGUGCAAAAUAGGUAUAUGCCUUUUCUAAACGAGUUGUAUGCAAGGUUUGAGUAAAUGGACUUUAAGACAAGGUUCCAAUCUAUAAUACAUCAUCCUUUGACUGAGUUGGAGUUUGAGACUACAUGGUCAAUGCUACUUGAAGAUUUCCAUCUGCACGAUAACAUUACUCUCAAUAAGUUGUAUGGAAUACGUAAGGAUUAGGUGCCUGCCUUUUUCAAGAAUCAUUAUUGUGGGCUAAUGUUAUCUACAUAGCGAAAGCAUGAACAAGCUUGUGAAAAGUGCACAUGUCGAUGCAAACACUCCGCUUCAUCAAUUCGCCAAGCAAAUGAUGAAGCUUCUACACAGUAGAAAGAUGAAAGAGUCAAAAGAAGUAGUGGGAAGCAUGGAAAGGAAACAAACACGCUAUAUAUGUUUGAGAUAAGGGUUGCAAGAGCAUACACAAGGGUUGUGAUGAAUAAAUUCCAGGAGUCUUUGAAAUAUGCAACUACAUUCAAGAUAAUGCAUGAUCAAGAAGGGGGUGAAAAUGAUUGGGUAGUGCAGCAUACAACAAGAUCGAAUAAAAUUGUGUGGGGACAACACCAAUUCAAAGUGACAGUUGAUGAAGAGACAGGAAAGUAUACUUGUGAAUGCAAACAUUGGGAACAUACAGGGCUAUUCUGUGUACAUGUACUACGUGCGUUUAUGCAUCUUCAGAUUGAACGGAUACCUAAGGAAUACAUUUUACAAAGAUACACCUCUCUGCAAGGCAAGAUGUUCCGUUUCCAAGAGAUGAUAGGAAUUUGAAGGGAAAGGAUGGAGAAACAAAGUCAUAUAGACAGAAGAUGUUGCUAAAAAAGCUAUGAAAGUAGUGCAUCAUGCUAGUUUAUCAAAGGCAUGUAAUGAUAGAGCCCUAGCAGUAAUGGAUGAGCUUCUCGAGGUACUUUCGCGUUUGGAGACAGAUAUAGAAGUUGAGGAGACUUGUGGAACUAAUGGGGGAGAUGGUAUACAGGACGAUGAUGAAGACAAUAGAGACGUCGAAAUAGAUGGUGAAUUGGGUGAAAGGAAUAACAAGGAAAUUCAAGAUGUAUCUAAUAUACUUGAAGGGGGUGUGGACAAUGUUCAAAUACCUAUACCAAUACGUUCAUUUGAAGAGGAUCACGCGAAUAUGAAUGAGAGUGGUGACCAUGAACAAAAUGAUCAUGUCAGAAAGAAACUGGAUUUUGCAGUCGAUGGGAUAAGCUUGGCAAGACCAAAUAACUCAAAACCCAAAGGAAGAACAAUAAAGGGGAGUGAACAAAAGGUUAUUAAAUUGGGAGCAAAAGGUACAAAGAAAAUGAACAGGAAAUGCCAGAAGUGUGGAAUUGCUGAUGGUCACAACAGUAGGACAUGUUUGUCAUUGGAGGAGAAUAGAUUACAGUUGGCUAGCCUUGCUGGACGUAAGAGAGGACGACCUCCUGGAUCUAGGAACAAGGGUGGAAGUAACACUCCUCAUUGGAAUGAGACAACAACAUCAAAAAACACGCAAUUGAUUUUGAUAAUAGUGAGUCAGGCAAUGAUUAAUAUGUUGUAUGUGAUACGAAUAAUUCUUUUUUUGCAAUAAACAUUGCAUGAGUCACAAAUGAUUUAUA